CCCGCCGCCCUCACGAUGGCGGACGCCGCGCGGCGCGUGAGUUACCUGGCUGGCUUCUCUUGCCCGCUCGGCGGCCUGGCGGCGGGCAAGCCUCGCGUGCUGUGCCACGAGGCGGAGGUCUUCCUGUCCACCGGCAGCGAGUUCGUGUACGUGUACGACCAGGAGGGCGGGCUGCUGACGGCCGUGUACCAGUUUCCAGACCAGGUGUGGCACCUGCAGCUGCUGGCCCGCCGCGGGGCGCUCUACGUUCUGUGCGCCCGGAAGGGCGUCUACUGCUUGUCGGUGGAGCCCGGGAGCAGCGCGGCGAGCCGGGCCGGUGAGGACAGCCUCGGGGGCGAGCUCCCGUGCCCCGUGGUCCCCGUGGACCCCGCGGCCUGCGCUGUCCCCGACGUGGCGCUCUGUGCCUUCGCCGUGCUGGACGACCUGCUCGUCACCCUGGUACAGGGCCCCGCCCAGUGGAAGAUGCAGUUGUUCGAGCGCCCCCACCCAGGAGAGGACCCCCAGCUGGGAGGCCCCAUCGGGGAGGUGGAGUUAUCCACCUGCAACCCCCCAGCUGGGGUCCCCGAGAAGCCUGCGGCCCCCCGCUUCCUGCCAGUGUUGUGCUGUAUGUUCCCUCCAGGCGCCAGGGAUCCUCACGGGCACUCCCAGGGCCAUGGGGGCUUUGUGCUGAAGGAAGCCCUCUUUGGGCUGCUCUUUGGAGCUGACGCCACCCUCCUGGAGUCCCCUGUGAUCCUCUGUGGCCUCCCUGAUGGCCAGCUCUGCUGUGUGGUCCUGAAGGCCUUGGCCACCUCCAGGUCUGCCCCUGGUGACCCGAAGGCGCUCGUCAAGAUCCUCCAUCACCUGGAGGAGCCUGCGGUUUUCAUUGGGGCCUUGAAGACCGAGCGCCCGGCUGAGGAGGCUGCGGAGGAGGUGCUGCCAGAGGAGGGGCAGCACUCUGACUGCCUGGUGGCCCUUGGGCACCAGGGCCGGGCGUUAGCCAUCAAGGCCAGCUGGAACGAGUCUGGGAGUUUAGUGCCAGAGCUUCGAGAGUAUUGGCUCCCAGGGCCGAUGCUCUGUGCUGCCUGUGGAGCAGGCGGCCGCGUGUACCUCAGCACUCCCUUGGACCUCUGUGUGGUGGACCUGGCGCAGGGAAGUGCCCCUUCGGACCCCCAGCAGCCCCACAGGGAUCUGGGAAGCCUGCCCCUUGAACUGUGUCCAACCAGCUUGAGCAUCUGCAGUGUCCUCACGCUCUCCGUGUCAUCUAGGACUCCUGCAGGUGGCACGGAGCUCCUGGCCCUGACUGCCAAAGGCCGCCUGGUGAGCUGCAGCGUGGACCUGAACUCUAAGAAGACUGAUUCUGCCAGAGUGUCCGUGGCAAAUGCAGGCCAGAGGAUUAAAGAGCUGCUUUCUGGCAUCGGUGAUAUCUCCGAGAGAGUGUCUUUUCUGAAGAAGGCGGUGGACCAGCGGAACAAAGCCCUGACCAGCCUCAACGAGGCCAUGAACGUCAGCUGCGCCCUGCUGUCCAGCCGGGAGGGCCCCCGGCCCGUCUCGUGCACCACCACCACGGCGUGGAGCCGCGUGCAGCUGCAGGAUGUGCUGAUGGCCACCUGCCUGCUGGAGAACAGCAGCUGCUUCAGCCUGGAGCGGGGCUGGACGCUGUGCGUCCAGGUGCUCGCCAGCGCCUCCGCCCUGGACCUGGGUGCCGCCGGCCCCGCAGUCACCUACACCAUCCCGGUGGACAGCCUGGGCCCGGGCAGCCGGCGAGAGGUGACCCUGCCGUUGGGCCCCAGUGAGAGCGGCGAGUUCGAGCUGCCCGUGACGGUGUCCUGCACGCUCUUCUACAGCCUCCGAGAGGUGGUGGGCGGGGCCCUGGCCCCCGCCGACCCCCUGGAGGCACCCUUUCUGGAGGAGCAGCCCCUCGACCUUCUUCCCGAGCAGGAAGGCAUCUGUCUGCCUCUGAGUAAGCACACGGUGGACAUGCUGCAGUGCCUGCGCUUCCCCAGCCUGGUCGCAGCACACACGCAGGCUCCCCGCCUGCCCGGCCCUGCCCACGACCCUGUGGACGCCUUCCUGGAAACCUGCCAGCCGCCCGGCAGCCAGCCCUCCGGCCCGGCCUCCCUGCGGGCCAAGUACCUGCCCCCGUCCUCUGCUUCCGUCAGAGUGUCAGCCGAGCUGCUCAGGGCUGCCCUGGAGGCUGCUCGCUCAGGCGUCCCCCUGUGCAGCGCCACCCUGCAGUGGCUCCUGGCUGAGAACCCUGCCGUGGACAUCAUCAGGGCCCGCGCACUGUCCUCCAUCCAGGGAGUGGCUCCAGAUGGGACCGACAUCCACCUCGUCAUCUCUGAGGUGGCUGUGACAGACCUGAGCCCCGCGGGGCCCAUCCAGGCCGUGGACAUCCAGGUGGAGAGCCCCUCGCUGGCCGACAUGUGCAGAGCGCACCAUGCCAUCGUGGGGCGCAUGCAGGCAAUGGUCACCAAGCAAGCUGCCCAGGGGGCCAGCGCGCCUGACCUGCGCUUGCAGUACCUUCGCCAGAUCCACACCAACCACGAGGCCCUGCUGCGGGAGGUGCAGGCCCUGCGAGACCGGCUGUGCACGGAGGAUGAAGCCAGCUCCUGCGCCACGGCCCAGAGGCUUCUGCAGGUCUACAAGCAGCUGCGCAACCCCAGCCUGGUCCUGCUGUGAGCGGGCGGCCUGUGCUCUGCCCGCGCUCCCUGCCUACUGACCGCCGAAAACACUUGAAUGUGAACAUACGCCAGGCG